UUUUAAUAGUAGUAUUAUUCAAUGUGUUGAUAUGUUUGUGUAAAAAUAAAAGUGUAUUAAAUUCGGUCUUUUUUCUAUUAUUCCAUUUCUAAGAAUAACAGAUAUUCCCAGAAUUAUCAAUACAAUCAAGUCACAACAGCAUCCAAGAGUUCAGAUUCAACUAUCAAAAUUCAACGAUUUUUCGCCUCUCCUUCAGCUUCAGCACUCUCAUCCUAUUCACUCAAGACUAGAUCUGCAGAAGCUGUGAAAACCAGCACCACACCAAAUCAGCAACAGAGGUCAAAGGUAUGAAUAGGGGCUCUUUGCUGGUAAUUUUAUAAUAACCAUCUUCAGGAUUAUAUUGUGGGUGAGCAUCAUUCCAUCUUAUUCGUAAAGCAGGUUUAUUUAUAGAGAACCCUCCUGUAGAGUUUGAGUUGAAUUUGCUUGAGAUGAUGCAGCUCCUUACUUUGCUAGUUGGUUGGUUAUACAAUAGAUCAAUACUCCAUUGACACAGUCGACUACAUGGGAAUGGGAAUGGGAAUCCAAGCCAUGAUAUCUAAUAUGUUUGUACUCCUGGUUAAUGGAGGAUUUGGAUAUUAGAGAACCUAGUGGAGAAUGGUUAUGAAACAAAAAUCGAUGUACGCUGCCUAAAAAGUGUCCUGAGAUGAGUUUAUUAAAAAUGAACCUUCUAAGAGUCAUUAAGAAUUCGGGUAUAUCGGAGCCCUGCAAAAGAUAAAGUCGGCAUUGGAUAAAGCCAGGCGAGAACCCGGUUUGCACCUCUGGUAGUUCUUCCUUGUCCAUUGUUCUACGUUUAUGUAUGUUCUGGACACAUUAAAAUCGGGUGGUUGCCUGCCUGGUCUUCAUCUCUUCUUAUGACCAUCCCAUAAUGUAUCCAGAUCAUACAUAAAUCUAGAACAAUGAAGAAGCAAGAACUAAGAGGGGUACAAACCGGGCUCUCGUCUGGCACAGAAAAAUCCUAUAUAGAGGAAGGACAUUUAGAGAUUUGAGAUUAGUAUUCAAAGGCAAGAAAAUGGUUUUGUUUAAUCUAUGUAGACUGAUAUACUUCCUCUAUGUCACGAGCAAAGUCCUGUUUCAGCACAUAAUAACAAGUCAACAACAGUUGGCUUUACGAAGGAAAUAGGAACUGGCGACGCACUGAUAAAGAUAGUUUGAGAUGUUGAAGAGUGAGCAGAUAAUUAUUUAUAUAGGAUCUCAGAAGAACCAAUGAUUUUCUUGUUACUGGAUGUUGCCAUUUUAUUGAAAGAGCGAAGAAUACUAUUUAUUGAUGAUAUGAUAAAUCCACCGCUUUCGAUAGCGUGUAGUGUCCCUGCGUACUCUAAUUUCUGCAGCACUUUGAAGCAUCUUUCAACUUUUACUCCUUUGUUAGGAGGUUCCUAUGCGAGAGGAGAGUGAAAGGACGAGGGAUCCACUAAACGACUGAGAAGAAUAUUAACAGGGGAAGUCCGCAGGGCUAAGUUAUGAAUCUGGCUCUAUCAAAGCUAGUCUUCGAUCAAAUUCAAGCAAGCUUCGAUUAUGUCUGAAUUGGAGAGGUCUGCCAUCAAAUAAACUCCAACCCGCCCUGGCCGGAUUCGAAUGGGUUCCGUUAGGCUACGAAAGGAUAAAGCAGGCAAUGCUUGACCACCCUCGACCACCAAGCCCUUAUCUAAAUGUGCCAACCAAACUACUUGUUCUGAUAUAUCCCUUGAGGGAAAUGUUUGGAUCAUAGAGAAAUAGAAUAAACAAGAAUAGGGAAUCCCGUUCCUCGCCUGCUGAAUCACAAACACGGCCGAGCAAAUUUGGUGUCAUAUACUGCUAUGGAGCUUAUGUGAAAAAUGAAUGAAGAAAAUUGGAGCUUAUGUUACAUGACAGACCGACUUCAUUCGGCUCCUGAAGGAAAAGAAUUAUUCAGACUUCAUGGAUAUGUAAAAAGGUGGAAGAACAGUGGGCACACGUAUAACUCACCUUAUUAACCCGCUAAUGCCUUAACCUGUAAGGCAGCAAUACCGGUAGAGGAAAUACAUUUAUGUUAUAAAGGUAUUUACCAUGCAGAAUUCCAGAAAAUGCUGCUAAUCAAAUAGGUAGUCCUAAAAAUGAAGCCAAUGAAGAGGACAAAUUAUUUUUCAGCAUUAGACAGAGGUUUACCUAUUUUCAGGAGAAGCCUGUUCAUCUUAACCAUUUUCAUCUCCCUAAAAAGUUAUCCAAGACCAAGAAUCAAAAAAUGACAGUUAGACUGAGGCCAAGACAAGUUCUUUGUUCUAAGUGUAAAUCCAUUUGUAAUGAAAACUCAGAAAAUGUGAACUCUUAUCCAACUAGAAGUAAGAAACCUGAACCACCUGAUAGUAGUCCUCGGUCUUUGUUUUCAGAAAAUAGGAGGGAUAAUCAACUCCCAAAUAAUUCUCCUCCAAAGCUUUGCCCGACAUUUGUUCAAAGAAUACCUAGACUGCCAAAUAGUGACAACAAUUCUAUUAAUGGGAACCUUACUUCUCCAAUUUCUCGUAGUGAAGAAUUUUGGUUUAAACCCUCUGAUGACAGUAAUAUAAAUAAACUCCCUUGUAAUGUUGAGACAUUGCCAGAUGAUGAAAAUGAUAGACAAAUGGUGCUUAGGAAAAAAAGAAGUGUAGGUUCAAUGGAGGACUUAUGGGAUGAAACUGUUUUCGAGGAAGGUUCCAAAAAGGCAAAAACUACUCCUGUCAUUAAGAUCUCAUUUGGUUCACAAGGUGAAGGUACAGUUUUAAAAAUUCCAUCAAAAGUGCAGUUGUGUAGUGAGAGUGAAACUGAAGAUAAACAAAAAGUGCCAAGUGCUUCUAAAGCUGCUAAAAAAGCUAUGAAAAAAGCGAAAAAAGAGGCCAAAAGAAAGGAAUUGACAGAAUCUCCUGUUAGUCAUAAAAGUCCUUCCCCUUCAGAGCUUCAGUAUAGGAAACAUAGACAUAAAGUUAAACAUAAAAAGAAACAUAAGACUGAAAAACCAGAUGAAGAAAUCAAAGAAAGAUGUUUGAAACAGAAACUUUCAAUUAAUUUAAGGAGGCUUAACUCAAACACUUAUGAAAAAACUGAUCUUAGUAGUGGCGAAUCAAGUCUUAGUUCAGAAGACAUCCCAGACUUUCCAGUAGCCAAUUCUAUUGACGGUUAUAAGGAUGUUACCUCAUGUAAAACUGUCAAUGGCAACACAUUCGCUGUUGGUGAUAUUGUAUGGGGUAAAAUUCAUGGAUUUCCUUGGUGGCCAGGAAAGGUAUUAAAUAUUUUAAUUAGACAAGAUAGUGAUGAGUGGGAUGCCCAUGUGUCAUGGUAUGGAUCUUCGACUGCAUCGCUUAUGCCCUGUGAUCAGCUUUCACCUUUUCUAACAAAUUUUAAGAUAAGAUAUAACAGAAGAAAAAAGUCUGCAGGGUACAAAGAAGCCAUUAGACUAGCCACAAAUGAAGCAUCUGCUUCGAACCCAGAAGUUAUCUGUGACACCCUUCUUGCUGUUAACGAGGGUCCAUUAUAGUCACUGUGGCUUAUGGUAUGCGUUUCACUUCUUACAGAUGAAAUGUUAAUAGCUUUAAAACAUUUUAUUUUAUAAUAUUCACUCGAAUUUUAAUAUAAAUUUUAUAUAUUUUCAAUGAGCAAUUUUGUUUGAAUUAUUUUAAUUUUUAUUUUUUUAUAUCUUACAUAUUUUAGUUUGCACUAAAAAAAAAAAGCACUUAUAUUUAAUGUAUUUUUCGUUUAUAGAUAUUAAGUGAUAAAAUGGAGUUACCACAUUCGAAGCUGAUUUAUGGCUACUUUCCAAAGCCAAUUUGUUUAUAGUAAUUUGUUGUAGAAGUAGCAUUAAUCCUUAGCAAAGUUUAGAAGUAAUUUUUAUUUUAUUUUUUUUCAUUGUAAUUUGUUAUUUUUAUUUUCAUAAUGAGAGCUCUUUAUUUUUGUAUUUUAGAAGUGUUAGAAAAAUAAUUAUCAUGACAUAAGUAAUUGGUGACAGAGAAAAUUUUUAUUUAAAUUGGAGAAAAUUUUUAUUUUCUUAAUUUUAUAAGGGAAUGUAAGUAGAAUUGUAGCUUAACAAAAUUUAAUUAAAAAGAACUGAAAUUUUGUUAAAUUUCUUUUAUUUUAUUUCAUUAAAUUUUCAAUGUUAGGAUCAUCAUGAAACUUUUUUAUUUUCAUGUUUUAGGUUUCAUUUGUAUGAUAUCUGUUAUGUUUUCUAUAUAAUAUAAAUAAUGGAAGGUGUAUGUAGCUCCAUAACAAUUUUUUUUUUUUAAUUAUAACAUAUUUUGACUUAGAAGCAAUAUGACAUAUCUCAGUUUCAGAUAUGAUGAUGUCUGUUUCAAAUCUUGAAUUAUAAUAUAGUAUUAACUAAGCUGAUUUAACUUAGGAAAAGUCAGAUUCAUAAACAACAUGCAAUAAUGAGGCAUUAACGUUACAAAAGUACAGAAAUAUGCCAUUAGUUAGAUCAUAUUGUUUCUAAAGCUAUGACAUAAAACUUUUGAUCUCUAUGGCAUGAUAAAAUAUUGUCUUAAUUAGCAUAAAAAUGCUUGUAAUAGACAGUAAAAACUGUGAGUAUCGACCGGAAAAAUCUUUGAUUAUAUAAAUAUUUUCUAGGCCUUUGUAUUAAUAAAUUCAGUUAAAGAAAAAGUUCACUGUUAUUAUAAAUCAUGUACAAACAUGAUCUAUUUUUGUGAAGAUGAUUUAGAAGUUGCAUUAUCUUGGUUGUUUCAUAUUUUCAAUUACUUAAUUCAAACAAAAAUAAAAAAAUUGUUCAUUGCUCAGUUUAGUUGAUUGACCCCUUGAUAAGAUUAAAUAUUGUAAUAUGUGAAACGCUUACCACGUCAUUAGAAUCCACCCACCAUUUAAAGAGUUACUGUCACUGCCUUUGCUUUCGUAAUUCGUUUAUCUUGUGAUAUACAGAUUACGGGUAUCUCUUCUAUACAGGUUACUAAUUAUUUUCUCUUUAAUUUUGAAGAUAGUAUUUAAAAAAUGUUUGCAUAUUUAUUUAUAUUUAUGAACACUUUAUCAGACUAGUUGAUCAAUUUAAUAGGAACCAAAAUGUAACCUAUAUUUUUCUGAUAAAAUUAAGGUGUAUAUACAUGUUAACAAAUCAAAAAUCCAAAAAUUAUAUAAAAAUUUAUUUUGUUCUAAUGAAGGAGUAUAUGUAUGCGUAGAAUUUGAAAAAAGAUGUAUAUACAUGUUCACAAACCAAAAAACUUAAAAUUAUAUAAAAUUUAUUUUGAAUAUAGUGUAGUUAAUCAAAUUAUAUAUAAAUAUUUAUGUACAUUUCAACAGGUAGUAUCUCCUAUUUUGGUAUUAGCUUUUGUAUGUCUGAAUAAGAAAUUCAACACCUAGCUAAAAGAGUAAUGAAGCAAUAUUUUAUUUUGAUUCUAAAUUCAAGUUUAUUUGCCAUUUAGCUUUUCUUCAUUUACGUAUUUCCUUUAACUGUAUGUGUAGAUAAACCUAAAUCUAUUUGUGCUCGUCUUGUUGGUUUUGAAUAAGCCUUUUCAUUUAUUCAAAUGUUUUCUUAAUUUCUCUCAUCUUAAAAAAUAAUUCUUGUCUAUUAUUAUUUAUAUGCCUUUCUCUUAAUCACUUACCUGGUACUGUAGGCUUCUAUUACUUUUCUUGUGCUCUGGUCUUGACUCUACCUGGGAACGUGUCUGAAUCAUUUUAGCUGGUAUUUAUGGAAAGUAUCUUUUAACUAUGGUGUUUGUUUCUUAUAAUUUUGUAGCAAAGUACUCUUAAGUCACUUUAUUGCCUUCAGUCUCAUGCUUUGAUUUGGUAAAAAGUCAGUUGUAUUUAUUGACCUCAUUAGUCAAUGACAAUCUAAUUCUACUUACACGUAUCAGGUUAGGGUUAAAUAUGAAAUUUUACCUCAUUUCAUAACCUUCUUUUUUCUAAUUGUAUUAUUUUUACUUCUAAAGUUGUCCUUCCCAUGGCGACAUUUUUUCUCCAAAUUUCACUUGAUUGAAAUUAAUUUGAAUGCUUUGUCAACUUGUUUGAUAAAUUUAUUUAAAAAACAAUGAAUUGAGGUUUUAAAAAUUAGAUAGUAAAUUGCAAGAGUAAAUGAAAUUAAAUAAGAGAAGCACAAAGAUAAGCUUAUUUUUUAUUGUUAGAUAUUAGUUAGGAAAGAUAAGGUUGUCAGUUUUAGGCAGAGAACGAACAUCAGUUCUGUAUUCCUAAGUACGGCCAAAAACACUUAUUAUACUUGUAUGAAUAGGUGAUUUAAUUAAUCACUGGCAUUUUACAGUGACUAUUUAGUUAAAAUGGUCAAUCCAAUUCAUGUUUUCUUGUAUUUAAUUACUAUUUGUUCACCUUUUAGCCCAAAUGUGGUAUUAAUUCAUUAUUAAACAUUCUAUUAUGUCAAUUUAUGAAUAAAAUAUUAACUGUAUGAAGUUUAUUUGAAAAAUACUUCAUUUGGAUUUUUAAUUUUCAUAAAAACAAGUUGCUUCUUCUUGAUAAAGGUGUUGAAUUUUUAUGUAUAGUAUAUAUCAUAUAAGAAAUCCGCUAAUCUGAGUUCAAAAUAAUAAUGUUACAAAUUCUAUAUUGUAUAUUAAUAGUCUACAAUAAAGAUACAGAAAUAUUGGUUUAGUGUCUUGAACAUAUUUUGGGAAAUUAUUAUUUAUUGGAGAUACUUAUUUGAGGAUUAUAUUUAUAUUCUAGUAAUUAAUGUAUAUAUGAACAUUUAUAACACUAAAUUAUCAGAUUGUUGGAGGAAAAAAUCUAAUGAAAACAUGAAAAAAAAAAUCAAAUGUAUUGAAAAGUAUUUUCAAACUGUGGUGAAGUUUUAUGCCUUAAUCAUUCUUUUGAAACAUUUUAAUAUGUAUGUAUGUUAUUGUUAUGCAGUGAUUAUUUUUUAAUGCUCAUGUGUCUUAUAUUAGUCCAUUAUGAGUUUAGUUAUUAAAAUUUUGUGAUAUACAUAGUUCGUUCGGUGUGCUAAUUAGGAAUUAUUGUGUAUAUUAUACGGCGAUUAAAUAAUCUUAAUUUUGUACUAUACUGUUUAAAUUGUUAAAGAAAAUUAAUAUAUAAAAAUGUUUUGUAUAUAUGGAUAAUGCUGUAUAUAUAUUAUUUAAUUGUUCAUUAUUUAUACUUAUUUUUGAGACCAUUUUGAUUUAUUAUUUGCUCUAUAGUUUUUCUUAAAUUAAUUUUUUUUUUAAUGUAUUUAUACGUAUACACCGGAUUGUUUUCACUAGUCGUUAUUAAAUACUUUAUGGAAGCAA